CGCGCAUUUUAGUUUUCAACCGUUAAUUCGAAAUAGGCAAGGAAAGAUCUGAUAAAUACAGCGCGAUUUCAUCUUCCUAUUCAUUUGUUCAAUUAAUUCAAUCUCGAAUCGAUGUUUAUUCUUGAAAUUAGGCAAAUAUUUUAACCGGAAUUUUCCUCGGAGACCAAUAUUUUUGUUUAAAAAGAAAAGGCUGACUUCAAACAAAGUUAGAAUUGUAUUCAAUUCAGAGUUACGAAAGGACUAACAUAUACAGUAUCAAAAUUGUCUUCGUUUUUCAUUUUGGUUAAAAACUGUACUUUGACUAGCCAUUGUUUCAAAGUUGUUCGUUUUUUUUACAGAAAAAAAGUUUCGGCGAAGCAGACACAAUCGACUGUGAUUAAAAUUAGUUAAUUUAAAAUAAAACACUAAAAGGCGGGAAAUGUCGUCUGCGUAGACCUUUGAAGAGUUCAUAAUAAGAACAAAUCUUUGAAAAGAGUGAUCUGUUAUUGUCGUUUGGUGAGCAGACAAGCUUUUUGGUAUACUUUAAUUAAUUGCUUGAUAUAUAGCUCGAAUUUAUCCGAAACAUAGUGAAAAAGUUAGUAAAAGAGGAAAAGUGAGACUGGAAGAAACGAAAAGAAAAAUAGAAGGAACACUAAGGUAGAAAGGGGACAAAAGAAAAACAUGUGUUAUAACAAUACAUCUCGAGUACUGCUAAGAAUGUUUAUUUUUGGGGCAGUUGUACUUGUGUUGUGUGACGGACAAUUAGAUAGGCGCAAAAGAUUACCAAAUGUUUUACAUCAGUUUGCAUUGAAGAAGUUAUCAGGAGAAUAUUUCAACAAAGCUCUACAACGCUCAUUAGCAAAGGCAAGAGAACGUCGAGGACACCUGUCAGAUGCGGGUUAUGGCUCAAGAGUUUCAGCAGGAUCAAACAUUGCAAGCGCUGUAAUGGCUCGUCACGGUCUGUUUGGCAUAACAGGUCCAGGAAAACGGAAACGCCGUCACUCUGUAGAUAGUGAUAGAAAUGGAAUGAAUACACAGAUGUUUCUACAAUAUUCACAAAAUACUUUCUAAACAUGGCUGAUAUAUUAUCUAUUUAGUCUAUAUAAACAUUGAAUUGCAAUAAUAAAUACUGUUGUAUUAU